AUGCCGCGAGAGACUGCAGCAUUUGCGGCUCUGUCGCGUCUUCGCGAGACAUCGCGGCGGAUCAACGCGCCCCCCAAGAAGACCGAAGCCGCCCUCCUCGCCGACGCAGCGGCGCGUCGCCGGCGGCCGGAUGUCAAUGUGACGGCGCCGAGACUCUGGAGCGGCCCCGGCUUGAAGGCCAGAUUCCUGACGCGAGCUGGGCCCGGCGAACCCCGGACUCACAAUUGGCACGCGCGCCGCGGGGGCGCCGCGCCCGAGCACCCGAGAGUGGCCGCUGCCUUGUCAGAGUUGGACGCCCUGGUCGACGGCCCCCCCGGCCCGGCGGCAUCGGCGCGCCUCGACGACGCCAGCAGGGCAGAGGCGCUUGGCCGAGAUGGGCGACGGGGCCGCUGCCUCUGCACCGCCGUCGACGAGCAGGUCUGGGCUUGGCCAGUCGACGCCAAAAGCUCGAGGGCAUAUCCCGACGGCUUGCUCGACUGGACAUCCCGGCGGCUGCGGCAGCGGCCAGGGCGCCCCCCGCUGCCCCUCGGCCUCGCAGAGACCCCGGCGCAGAGGCCUCGCCUGCUCGACGACGGGCUCGGGGCGACGCCCGUGCGGACCACCGGCGGCCCCUCGGAGCGCGAGCACGCGUGCUCGGCGCCUGCAACACCAGAGGCCUCGGCAAGGUCGUGCCGCAAGAGCCCUUGGGAGCCCCCGUUGGUCGACGAUUUCGCGAGGCUUGCUUUCCUGCAGUUUCCCGCGGGAGCCGCCCCUGGUUUCGCACGGGGGCUGGAGCUGCGCCCGCAGGAGGAGGGGCGCCUCUCGGCAGCGGCGCCACGGAUGGCUGCGCGAGAGCUGCACGAGCGCGUCCGCGACGAGGCUCGGCGCCAACGCAACGGAGAGCACAUCCCGAUGAAGAAGAGCUCUGCAGAGCACAAUCAAAUUACGUCUCGAGGAGUUGACGCGGAAGCACCGCAGGUGGAAUCCAGGGCUGGGGCGGCGCGAGCCGGGGCCGGGCUGCAGGCGCGGCUGCACCUUGAGUGGCACAACCCAGGCACUCGCGAGCAGCACCUCCUCGCCCUGCUCCGCGACGACGACCGGCAGCAGCCGCUGCGCGGCCUGCUCGCUCAGCCCGGCACGCGGUUCGCCAGAGCGGCCGCGCCAGGCGCAGCCGCGCCAGCGCCUCGGGGCGGCCGCGCGGGCGCCGCCGGCUUCCCCAACGCGUCGAACACGUGCUACAUCAAUGCCGCGGUAUUGCAGCAGCUUGCUGCGGGCUUCCAGCCUGGUCGACAGCAGGGCGCGGCGGAGAGCCCCAUGCGCAUCCUCGAGCACGCGGACCACGGAGGCGCGCGGCGCCGCGCCCGCGGGGACGGCGCGGCCACGAGCGUCGAGGGCAGGUUGCACUGCUGCGCGGCCGGGGAGGCCCAGGUGGGUCGCGACGCGCCGCCCGUCUCCAUGGCCGCCAUGAUCCAGGCGCCCCUCACGGGUGAGCUGACUAUCCGAGAUGCUUCGGAAGCACUUGUUAUCAGCGUGGAGAGCACGCACGAACAGACUGGCAACCAGUUCGCCGUGGACGCGCGGGCGGACUGGCGGGACGCCGUCUUCCCCGUCAGCAUUCUUGACGGCGACGCCGUUUCCUACGAGGCGGCGGCUCGCGCGCAGCACCGCGCCGCGCCCGGCGCGCCAGCUCUGCAGCGGGUGCACGGCGGCCACCUACGUCGCCUACGUCAACAGGGAGGGCGCUGGUGCGAGCUCGACGAUGCCGUCGUGACGGAGCUGCAUGAUUUACCAGAGGCGUACCCGCACUUGGUCUUCCUCGCCCGCGCGCGGCCCAGAUCGGGCAGCGGCAGCCGCGGCUUGCCCCAGGCCGCAGACUCAGCCGCCAGUCAGAGCCGGAGUGGCAGGGACCAGGGCGGCAGAGACCGGUCUGGUAGAGACCGAGACCAGUCUGGUAGAGACCAGAGUGGGAAGGACCAGACUAGCAGGGACCGUAGCGGCCAGCAGAAGGGCACCGCCAGAGUGCACCCAGCUGCAAGGGCCGCCUGGAAAGCCUCAACUCCCGCGGACAACAGAAACCAUACCCGGGCAGACGCAGAGAACAGCGUGGACGACCCAGUCAAGCGGCGCGUCGAUGACUGGGAUCUGCGACGCAACAACGCCGAUGUGAAGUGUCCCUCCUGGUCGCAUAGGGCCGCGCCGACGGGCCCUCAGCCGCGCCUGCUCUGCUGGGGCCGAGAACUUGUUCCCCGCGAGGAUUGGAGAAAAAACAGGAAACAAGUAGACGAGCACGGCGGCGUUCAGCGCCACCGCGACGCCCUCUUCUCGCCGCUGUCGCUGAAGCCUUACGCGGUCAAGGGGGGCAGAUUAUGCACGAUCGUGGCCAACUACGCAGAGUUCUACGCCCGGGCCGCCUUGGACUGGGAGAACCCGACUGAGUGUCGCCUGCAGCUGACCGCUGGACGCCUCGGGCGCACUGAGCGCGCGUCUGCUGCGCCAGGCUACACUGGCCCGAAGACCUUUUCCUGGGAGCACCUGGCAGGUAGAGAUUGCUUCAUGAAGAACCCCGAGGCCGUGGCCAAGCUGCUCGCUUGGGAGGUCUACCACAAGCACUGGCCAGACAUCCCCGAGGCUGAGCGCCGCGUUCUGCAUUGCGGCUGCGCAUUGGGAAUGCGGGCACAUUCCAACCUGUCCUCGCGCAUGAGCGGCGAGCGACAGAUGCGCGGGCAUUGGGAUUGCCCGGGCGCGUUCUCUCUCCGCCACCCGCGCAUGUGCAACUUCACCUUCGCUACACACCUGUGCCUUGACAGGAAUGACCUGCUCUUCCGCAGCGCCAACUUGUCGCGCCAGAUGCCCCUCGCACUCGCACGCGUCGCGACGACCAAGGUGGUGCUACGCCCCGAGAGCCACGACAAGCAGCGCAGCGGCGACGGGCUCACGUGGGACUUUUUGUUCCACAAGACGGGCGCGGCGGGCUCCGCAAUCCUUCCUGUUCGGGAACGCGCCGCGCUAGUAGGCAACGGAGCG